AUGUCCAAAAACAGCAAAGAUGACCUCACCCGCAUCCGCGACAACCAGCGCCGCUCGCGCACCCGGCGCAAGGAGUUAGUCCAAGACCUGCAAGCGCGCGUGCACGCAUUCGAAGCGAGAGGCGUAGCGGCGACGCAGGAGAUGCAGAGAGCUGCGCGGAAAGUCGCGGUGGAGAAUGGGCGGUUGAGGGAGUUGCUUGCGCGGCGGGGGGUGGGGAGGGGGGAGGUUGAGGGGUAUUUGCGGGGGUGUGAGGGGGUGGGGGAAGGGGGGGAAGGUGGCAAGGGGAGGGUUUUGGGUGAUGAAGGGAGAGCGGAGGAGAUGGCGAGUCCGGGAGAUGGUCACGUGUACCUCCAUCAACACCCGCAACCGCAACAACCAGACGACACGCUUGAUCCUCAGCUGAGCCAGUACGUCCAGGAAACGCAAUCAUCAAAUACGGCAGAAACAAGUGGGCCUCCGUAUACCGACGCACAACCCACCACUUCAAUCCCCCCUCUAACACCGACCGACACCGUCGACGACCUGGGCUGCCCCAACACAGCAGAUUGUUUCUGCCCCCCGUCCCUCCCACCCACCAACCAACCGCUUAGCUCCGCCGCGCUGGAAAUCUCCUGCGAAACGGCGGCUACGAUUAUUGCGCAGAUGCGCGGGGAUGGGGAUCGAGAGUCGGCGCGUGCGGCGCUGGGGUGUGGGCGGGGGGAGGUGUGUAGUGUGAAGAAUUCUGUGAUUAUGCAGAUUAUGGAUGAGGGGUAG